CUUUUCCUGUUAUGUCCACUACUUAAUGGCGAGGAGCCUCGGGUUUACAUAUAUGAUGUGACGCACCCCUCUGUAAUUGCCAUGCCUGCACCAUGUGCAGACACCUUGGAUUCAACCAAUACCUCGUCUCGCGCGGUUUGGCGACUCACAGCCCUCUUCUGAGCCUCCUAAUGGGCGGUGUUGCAACUGCACUGGACGAGUCACCGGAGACAUCCGGGAAUUAUGUGGAGGCGUGUGGAGGAUUCGAACAAGCGCCCGUGUAUGUGUUGCGCCUGGCAGUAUUAUGGCCCUGUAUAAAUAUGUGCGCUUCCAGCGCAAUAUGUACAUCAGUUAUAUCCCUCUAUUCUCCACCUGGGCUACGAGUGAAUUGAACCAACGUUCUAAGACGCGGGCCCUCUGUUCCCGGCGCCAGAC